AUGCCCUCCAGCCCUUACCCCGCGCCUGUCGCGCCACCAGCGGCGCCUGUGUCCGUUUCGGGGCAGGCUGCCUCCUCCUGCUCCUCCUCGAGCCGACGGUCGGAGACCGCGCUGGCGCGCAAGCCGCGGGCUCGGGAGGAGCAGUGCUCUGUGAUGUGGAGCACCGCGAGGGUCCAUCCCAGGCGCUCCGCAGCCACGCUCCCCCCAUGCGCAAGGAUCCCGAUCUUUGGGCCACACUGCUUCACUGGAGCCGUGAGCUUGGAACCCUGCGUGGAGCGCCUCGGGAGCGCGGUGGGCCAUCUGGAGGCGGUCACGGGCGUGUCGGGGUGA